UUCAUCGACGAAAUUGAUCGAACAAUGGCAUUCUAUGCUGUGGCGAAUGGGCGAAAGGCGCGAAUCUAUGACACUUGGGACAAAUGUGAGCAGCAAGUGAAGGGCUUCAAGAAUGCAGUGUAUAAGAAAUUCAACACACGCCAGGAAGCGGAGCAAUUCGUUAACAUUAAAGGAUCCUACGCACCCCACGAAGUAGCAGUGCCGCUGGGACAAAAGCAGCCUCCGCCAGCCAACUGGGGUACUAUCAAGCCACAGAAGCCUCAAUAUACAGAAGCAUGGCCGGACGAAGAUCACGACCUGGUGGAGGACGAGCUGAAUGCAGCCAUGAAUGAAGUGGAGGGUAGCAGUAGUAAUCUGAAACGCAAAGGGGACGACAGCGACGAUAGGCAAAAGAAAGUACCUCGUCAUGUAUCCCGAGUUGCGGAAGCAGCUGGUCUCAAGCACGUCGGCGAAUUUGAGUUUGAAAUCGACACUGAGGGCUAUGUCAUUGUAUACACAGACGGCUCUUGUAUAGGAAAUGGUCGCAAAGGUGCAUGUGCCGGGUAUGGAGUCUAUUUUGGCGACAAUCACAAGCUAAAUGCAGCUAAACCAGUGAGCGGACGCGUCACAAAUAACGUGGGCGAGAUACAGGCAGCGAUUCAUGCCAUUAAGACAGCACGGAAUUUAGGCAUUGGGAAGCUUUGCAUUUACACGGACUCUCAGUUCCUGAUCAACUCUAUCACCUUGUGGGUGCAAGGCUGGAAGAGCAGGGGCUGGAUGUUGGCAAACAAUCAGCCGGUAAAGAAUGUAGUUGAUUUUAAAGAGCUGGACGAGCUACUCCAAAACAAGGACAUCAAAGUAAAAUGGAACUAUGUGGAGGCCCACAAGGGCAUUAAAGGCAACGAAAUGGCAGAUAAAUUGGCGCGACAAGGAUCCGCUCUGUACAAAGAACUGAAUUUAAAAUAAUCAUCAAUUGGACAUUACUUUUUAAAUUUCGCGCUCAAACCAAAGUAUUGAAUUCAACCGUUAUGGCAACACCAAAUAAAAUCCCAGACAGCUCAAAUGAGACAGACUCAUGUGCCGAGAAAUCGGCAACAGCUUGGCGCGGAUUGAGCAACAUUUGGAUACCCUGGGGAAAUGGAUAUAUAGAACUGAGAGAAUGUUUGUCAUUUCAGUUUCUGUUUUAAAACUAUUUCAACGACAUUUUAUUGUCUUCUCAGGAUCAGGAUAUAUAUACAAGAUACUUAUCAACUGAAUGAAUACGUCUAAAACAUAUCAAUAUGGGCAAAGGUCUUUACUAAGGUUGGAAAACAGUAUCUUCAUAUUAAAUUAAAAUAGGGUAUACAGCUACAAGCAAGAAAUGACGUGACAUUCCCUACUUACUUACGUUGCCACUGUUUUUUGUUGACAUUUUUUGUUCAGACCUUGUUUUAGACACACAAAUACAAAAUAGAUCUUAAAAGUA